AUGGGCUGCUCAACCUUACUUAAUAUUGCUUCAUGGGCUUUGAUUGGUCUCGCUUAUCCUCUCUACAAUGUCUUUUUGCCCUACUAUCUGCGCUCACGAGGAGCAGUCGUAGGUGAUGGCUCUACUUAUACAACCUACCGCAAUUAUGCCAUCACCAAUACGUGCACCAUAUUUGGUCCCGUGGUGGCUGGAGCUCUAGUGGAAAUUCAUUAUCUUGGUCGACGAUACACUAUGGUUAUUGGUGCUCUACUCACCAUGAUCUUCCUUUUCGCGUACACAACAGUUCGUACUGCUGCUGAGAAUUUGGCUUUUGCCUGCAUGAUCAGUUUCUGUUUGAACAUCUACUAUGGGACUUUAUAUGCCUAUACACCAGAAGUACUUCCAUCAGAACAUCGAGGCACGGGUAAUGCCAUCACUGUGGCAUGCAAUCGAAUCAUGGGUAUUGUCGCUGCGGUUGUGGGCAUGUAUGCCAAUCUCAAUUCGAAUAUACCCAUUUAUGUAUGUGCAGCUGCUUUCGGUGCCUUGGCACUUAUAAGUUUCUUAUUUCCAUUUGAACCACGCGGAAAAACGAGUGGUUAA